GGAACUGUCAGCUGACAAUGACAUGCGCUUGUCAAUAGUUACUUGUUAAAAUUAUAACCUAGAUUUUACUGUGAAUAAUGUGAUGCAACCGCAUAAUUCGUUAAAAACAAUGUUUUCGUACGAUAAAUAACUCACAUAACUCGAACAAUUCGUGCUAACGCCACCUAAGAUGGGUGCUUUAGUGACAAAAGCUCUAAGGCCGAUCCGAAGUUUCAACAUUGAAAACCGGGCUCAUCGCGUGAUAUCUAAAGAGAAGCCUACGCCGGCGCCUCUAUACAAACACAACAUCGAGGACUUGAAACGAACAUUGGAGUUGGAACCCGAUAUAGACGAAAAGUUGGACAAAAAAGACCCUGGACUCGACGCGAGACUGAAAGAUGUUUAUGUAACAUCACACGGCCGCCCCGAGGAUGAUGUUACGCGAGAGCUGCGCGCGCAGCAGGAGAGCAAGCGCGGGCUGCCCCAAGACAGGUCAAUGGUGGAAGAAUUUGAAUACGGCUUCAAAGAACCAGAGAAGGUCCGGUACGGGCGGACGACGCUGCGUAACGCGAUAGAGUUCAUUAGCGCUCACCAAACUAACCCUAAAGAAGUGACUGCGGCCAAAAUAGCAACGGAAUACAAGUUAGACGAGAAGGAUGUGGAGACUAUACUGAAAUAUUUCAAAACAUUUGAAAUUUAUAUACCAGAAACUAAGAAGAGUCCUGCUGUGUUUGCGGGACCAGCUAAUACUAGGAAGCAGCUAGAGCAACACGACAGGAAACAAAUAAAACAUAAAGAACUUGAAAAGGAUAUAGAUCCAUAUAGUAGCAAAAGGGGGGAAUAAUAGUCACUAUGUUAAUAGUAAACAAAUUUGGUUUUCUUUACCCUUAUUUGUGGGGACUUCUAAUGAUAGGAAAUGUCAAAGUGCAAUAAAAAAUCUAGAUAAUUUACAAUAAUGUUGCAUCGCUUUGGAUGUGUGAAACAGGGGUCCCCUAAAAGGGAAAGUAAAUAGAAAACUAAAAUUAGUGGUGUUUAUUUUAUGAAAAAAUUUAAGUUAUACUCAAUAUAGUUUCUAUUUGUUAACUCUGAAUAUUCCAAUGUAUGAUACCAACAGAUAUUGCAGUCAUUUUACUAAUUUUCAAUUUGUAAGCAUUGCACAAAAUUUCCUGAAUCUAAUGAAAUUAUCAAUUUGUUCUUCAUAUAAACUAUUUUCAUACAAGUUAGUACAGAUCCUAUUAACAAAGUGCAUAUUUUUAUAAUAAAAACUUAACUAUAAUUACAGUCAGAAGGCACAUGUAAUUUUAUUACAAAAGGGAUACAAUCAUACUAAAGGGAAAAUUUUAACAAAUAGUCUGCAAGUUGCUUAGGGUUUAUUUUAUUUUGGCAUAAUAUUUAUGCCAAGUCAUUGUUCAAAUGAAAUAUCUGUAUAGUUAAUUUAUAACUGUUGAACAAUGUGUGGCUGGUUUCGGCCGCUGCUAUCUGCUGAUAGUGCUAUUAUAUUUAUAAAGCUGCAAAGCUUAAGUGAUUUAGAUGUAGUAUAAAAAUAAAGAAUGUUUUGUUUUCUAUUGA